AUGAUGACUCGGCUUGGCUACUUGGAUACACACAACACGGACAUGCAGGAAGCUGCCUUUGUUUUUGCGAACACCAGCCACAACAAAAACAACCUGCGACAGAUGGGCAUGCUGUCUGAAAGUGGCUUUCACAUGUCACAAAUGAGACAUGCCUUCCUCGCAAAUUUUACCUCCCAGUGGCACCUCGCACCUGCUGACGUCAAAAUCCGAAAGUACUUGCUCCAAGAAGGCUACAUACAAAGCGAGACAGCCGAAAAGCAGCAGGUGUGGAAGGCAAUGCGCAAGUAUGCCCGAAAAGGCAACUUGCCAGGCCCUGAUUUGCAGACGUACAACGGGCUUGUGUGGCGUAUAAACCGCGGGGUUUUCAUGGAGAAAGAUAUUACCAAAAGAAGCACCUUUGUGGUGCAUUCCGAAACUGUGCUCUGA